ACAAUCUCAUCAUCACCCACAACACCGAGCACCACAAAAUAGAGAUCAAUUCACUAACAGUCCAUCGAGAUGGCUAAGCGGUUGGUCCUCUUUGCGACAGUAGUCAUCACCCUCGUGGCUCUCACUGCUGCUGAAGGUGAGGCCUCUAGGCAACUACAGUGUGAGCGCGAGCUCCAGGAGAGCUCGCUUGAGGCAUGCCGACAGGUCGUGGACCAACAGUUGGCCGGUCGGCUGCCAUGGAGCACGGGGCUCCAGAUGCGAUGCUGCCAGCAGCUCCGAGAUGUUAGCGCUAAGUGCCGUCUCGUCGCCGUCAGCCAAGUCGUAAGACAAUAUGAGCAAACCGUGGUGCCGCCCAAGGGCGGAUCCUUCUACCCUGGCGAGACCACACCACUGCAGCAACUCCAACAAGUAAUAUUUUGGGGAACAUCUUCACAAACAGUACAAGGGUAUUACCCAAGCGUAAGUUCUCCUCAGCAGGGGCCAUAUUAUCCAGGCCAAGCUUCUCCACAACAGCCAGGACAAGGGCAACAGCCAGGCAAAUGGCAAGAACUGGGACAAGGGCAACAAGGGUACUACCCAACUUCUCUGCAUCAGUCAGGACAAGGACAACAAGGGUACUACCCAUCUUCUCUGCAGCAACCAGGACAAGGGCAACAGAUAGGACAAGGGCAACAAGGAUACUACCCAACUUCUCUGCAGCAGCCAGGACAAGGGCAACAGAUAGGACAAGGACAACAAGGGUACUACCCAACUUCUCCGCAACACCCAGGACAAAGGCAACAACCAGGACAAGGGCAGCAAAUAGGACAAGGGCAACAACUAGGACAAGGGCGGCAAAUAGGACAAGGGCAACAAUCAGGACAAGGGCAACAAGGGUACUAUCCAACUUCUCCACAGCAGCUAGGACAAGGGCAACAACCAGGACAAUGGCAACAAUCAGGACAAGGGCAACAAGGGUACUACCCAACUUCUCAGCAGCAGCCAGGACAAGGGCAACAAGGGCAGUACCCAGCUUCUCAGCAGCAGCCAGGACAAGGGCAACAAGGGCAGUACCCAGCUUCUCAGCAGCAGCCAGGACAAGGGCAACAAGGGCAGUACCCAGCUUCUCAGCAGCAGCCAGCACAAGGGCAACAAGGGCAGUACCCAGCUUCUCAACAACAGCCAGGACAAGGGCAACAAGGGCACUACCUAGCUUCUCAGCAGCAGCCAGGACAAGGGCAACAACGGCACUACCCAGCUUCUCUGCAGCAACCAGGACAAGGGCAACAAGGGCAUUACACAGCUUCUCUGCAGCAACCAGGACAAGGGCAACAAGGGCAUUACCCAGCUUCUCUGCAGCAGGUAGGACAAGGACAACAAAUAGGACAGCUAGGACAAAGGCAACAACCAGGACAAGGGCAACAAACAAGACAAGGGCAACAACUAGAACAAGGGCAACAACCAGGACAAGGGCAACAAACAAGACAAGGGCAACAACUAGAACAAGGGCAACAACCAGGACAAGGGCAACAAGGGUACUAUCCAACUUCUCCACAACAGUCGGGACAAGGGCAACAACCAGGACAAUCACAACAACCAGGACAAGGGCAACAAGGGUACUACUCAAGUUCUCUACAACAGCCAGGACAAGGGCUACAAGGGCACUACCCAGCUUCUCUGCAGCAGCCAGGACAAGGACAUCCAGGACAAAGGCAACAACCAGGACAAGGGCAACAACCAGAACAAGGGCAACAACCAGGACAGGGGCAACAAGGGUAUUAUCCAACUUCUCCGCAGCAGCCAGGACAAGGGAAACAACUAGGACAAGGGCAACAAGGGUACUACCCAACUUCUCCGCAACAGCCAGGACAAGGGCAACAACCAGGACAAGGGCAACAAGGGCACUGCCCAACUUCUCCGCAGCAGACAGGACAAGCGCAACAACCAGGACAAGGCCAACAAAUAGGACAAGUGCAACAACCAGGACAAGGGCAACAAGGGUACUACCCAAUUUCUCUGCAACAGUCAGGACAAGGGCAACAGUCAGGACAAGGGCAACAAUCAGGACAAGGACACCAACUAGGACAAGGGCAGCAAUCAGGACAAGAGCAACAAGGCUACGACAACCCAUACCAUGUUAACACAGAGCAGCAAACGGCCAGCCCAAAGGUGGCAAAGGUGCAGCAACCCGCGACACAGCUGCCGAUAAUGUGUCGGAUGGAGGGGGGCGACGCAUUGUCGGCUAGCCAGUGAUAGAACUCUCUGCAACUUGCAUGGUGCUUGGUAUGCAUGCACCUUAGCUAUCCAAUAAACAUGACGUGUGUGCACAGGUUUUCAUGUAACUAGAGUAAAACCCAAUAAUAAUGCAAAAUGAAAAGCUUCUCCAGCUAAAAAACAACAAAACGGGCGUUGUGUAGUA